GGAGGAAGAAGAGAAUGGCAAAGGCUUGGAAUGAAGGAAUAAAUGGAGGAAGAAGAGAAUGGCAAAGGCUUGGAAUGAAAGGAUAAAUGGAAGAAGGAGAGAACGGCAAAGGCUUGGAAUGAAGGAAUAAAUGGAGGAAGAAGAGAAUGGCAAAGGCUUGGAAUGAAAGGAUAAAUGGAAGAAGGAGAGAACAGCAAAGGCUUGGAAUGAAGGAAUAAAUGGAGGAAGGAGAGAACGGCAAAGGCUUGGAAUGAAGGAAUAAAUGGAGACCCCCUGUGCCCUGCCAGGUACAAGAUCAACUGCCUACUUCACCAGCGAAUGGGCUGCGGACCAGAUGGGGCACCGAGCUGCGGCUCUUGUUUCCCUGGUCAUGAAGAGGAUUCCAAUGGAAACUGUGUGCCGAAAAAAGGCUCUAAGCAUGAAAGCAAACUCAAAACUCAGAAGAGACCUAAUGAUUUGCCGGGUCUUUUGCGUUACCUUUUGGCUAAGCAUGAAAAGGCAUUGCAACCGUCCACGAUGGAGACCACCGUACCUGGUAUUACUGAGGUAUUUGAACCAUCCAGCUCUCAGACUGACUUCCCGACUUCUCAGCCAACAAGCGUUUCCUAUUCUGGGAACACUUCUGCAGUUUCCUCUCAGUCAUAUGAAAUCACUCCAAUUUCAGCCACCAUACCACCAAGGAGAGUAAGAGUGGACUUCAAACAGAGGUCGCGUCCUCCAGUUACUAGCAUGAAUAAAGCGGUGACUCUUACUCUUGUGGUCAUGUGCACAGUGACAGGAGUCUCUGGAUUGGUGGUUGCAGCCAUUUGCUGGUACAGGCUUCAGAAAGAAGUACGCUUGGCUCAAAAGAUGGCAUACACAGCUACUCGGGGGAACCAGUACCGAUACCAUCAACCCAGUGCAUAUAUGGAUUCCAGGCUAGCACAGUCUUGUCAAGUCCACCACUAUCAGCAUCGGAAGAAACUUCUUACUGGUGAAGAGAGACAAUCUCCCAAAACAGUGGAACCGAACCCUACAGAAUCAGAGAGUGAAAAUGGAGACUAUACUGUAUAUGAAUGUCCUGGAUUGGCCCCGAGUGGAGAAAUGGAGAUCCACAACCCUCUCUUCGACACCUCCACCCUCCACCGAUGUCCCCCCUAAUUACCCUCCUGUUUUUCUUCCUUCCUUCAUCUUAUCUUGUCAUCUUCUGGAUCCACGUAGGAAAGAUUCAAACUUACAAACACCCCCAAGGUGCCGUCUGUCUGUCCUCUUCCUUUGAGGGGAAAUCAUAUCCAUCCCACCUAUUCCUAUAUCCUCUCAUGCUAAUACUACGGGAAUGCUUUCAGGCUUUUAGGAGAUUUUCUAUCAUAGCUUUGCUUCAGUUGAAGGUCUUCUGACAAUGAACUUUUAUCCUGGAAGUUACUAUUAUCGUUUGGAGAUCUUGAUUCAAGCUCUCCUAAUGCCAUCAACUCAACUUGAACUGGAAGGGUUUAUUAUUGUAUCCAAUCUAGCUGUGGAGAUUUAAGGAGCAGAAGACUUCAUUUGUCAUGUACCAAAAGAGAAUGGAGAGGCACGUUUAGAGGACUAAGAUUGACCCAAAGCAUUUUGCUCAUCAGUGGUGUCCACUCUUUCCGGGACGAUAUAUAUAUAUAUACAUAGUGUAUAUAAUAUACAAGCUAGUCAAUUUGUCGUGUCACCGGAGGCGGAAAAUCCCAUAAAACACCUCUCCUCGGCAAUAAUAAUAUUAAUAAGAGCAACAGUAUAUAAUUUGCUACAUUUUCAUGAUGAUAACUUAAGUCUCCUGUCUCGCUUUGCUCCAUGGUUGGAAUAGACCUUGUCCCACCCCAGCUCCAUAUGUCAUCUGGGUGCUGUUGCUGGAUAGAUAUAAUUUUAAAUGAAAAAAAAUGCACACUUCUAUCUGAGGCCACCUGUUAAGCAUCGGGGAGAUCAGGAGCUUCAGGCAGUUCAAAUGAAUAUAAAGAUUUAUUGCAAGCUUAAGUUCUUGAGAAAAAUCUGGCCAAAUGACCAUUAAGAGAGUUAAGAAAGGAAUUCAAGGUAGGUUGGACUUAAAUCUCUUGCAGGCACAAAGGAACUCGUGACUUAUGAUGGUUUGACCCCUCCCUCGGGCUCAGCCUGGUCAUCCCCUACACCAUCACUCCUUCUAGAAUGAGUUUUGCAAGUUCCUUCUAGAAUGAGCUUGCAAGUUCAACAAAGCUGGGGCUAGGGACCUGAUGGUGUUUUUUAUUUAUGUAUGUAUUUAUAAAACCAUGCUGUUAUUUUUAAGAGUCUUAAGCAAUGAAUAAUGCUAAAAUAUUCCAUUGCAACCCAGCGGCCAAAACGUACGAAAAGCAAGGUCUUGGGGGAGAUUCACCAUUCCUGAAGUUCUCUCCACUCAUCCUUGAGCCAGCUGAAACUGAUGUUGCUUUUCCCUUCCUGGUAUUUUUCUCCUCUUCAACUAUUUGACAAUCACAGAGUGAGGCGGCAGAUGCCCUGUGUGGAUUGGAUAUCAUGCACUCUAUAUAAUAACAUGUGUUAGCCAUCCAAAUCUUGCUUGUUUAUGGCUUCCGCUGCAGGACCUGACUUAUCUUAGACGUUGGAGUCAUUGAUCACAAGACCAAGAGAUCACACUAGUCUUCUCUACUUGGAUGAUUUUUCAUAGGUGGAUUUGUUUGUGGCAAACAAGAUUUUGGGAUUGUAUAUAAAGGAAGGAGAGGGAAGAGCAAUAAGAUGUUUCUGUAGAGAGCUUCUCUUUCGGGACUGCAGACAAACUCCCAAAAGUUUGUCAUAGAGACAAGAUGCUCAUUGAAUAUCACCCCAUCCUCAACACACAGACCUAAUCUCUCCC